AUGGUGGGGAUGGUUGCCUUGGAGGAUUAUGGUGGUUAUCUGGUGGAGGAUAGCGUAGCCACAGCGUUUGCCUUGGAAGACCGAGAUGGUGACUUGAUGGAGGGAGAGAUGGUGCGGACAGUGGCCCUCGAGGCCAUGCCUUGGAGGCCGGACAUGGGGGUUGAAAUCGAAGGCGGCAGCUCCGAAAUCACGAGGAGGAGAGGGUGUUCGUGUACAAAGGACGAUUUUCUCCCCGAGGAGUCAUUUAAGAGCUGGGGUAAUUACGUAAAUGCGAUUAAGCAUCUGCCGGAGCGGCUGGUGGAUCGGGUGCUUUCCCGGUCCAAGGAUCUGGCUGAGCUGCAGGUGAAGAAGCGGAGUGAGCACGAAAUGAAGAAGACGCUAUCGUGGUGGGACUUAAUAUGGUUCGGUAUGGGAGCCGUCAUCGGGGCCGGAAUUUUUGUGCUAACAGGUCAAGAGGCACGUAACGGAGCUGGUCCUGCCAUCGUACUCUCUUACGCCAUCUCCGGCGUCUCUGCCUUGCUCUCCGUCUUCUGCUACACGGAGUUUGCGGUUGAAAUCCCAGUGGCAGGUGGUUCAUUUGCCUACUUGCGGGUGGAGCUGGGCGACUUCAUGGCCUUCAUUGCUGCUGGAAAUAUCCUUCUUGAGUAUGUUAUUGGUGGUGCUGCAGUGGCGCGGUCAUGGACUGCCUACUUUGCCACCCUUUGCAACAAGGAUGCUGCAGAUUUUCGAAUCACGGCCCACAGUCUACCCGAGAACUACAAUGAACUUGACCCCAUAGCUGUUGGUAUCAUUGCAAUCAUUUGCAUCGUUGCAGUUCUAAGCACUAAGGGCUCGUCUCGUCUCAACUAUAUUGCAUCAGUAGUCCACAUUGUUGUGAUUAUCUUCAUCAUAAUUUGUGGCCUCAUCAAAGCUGACACCAAGAAUUACUCCAACUUUGCACCAAAAGGGGUACGAGGUAUCUUUAAAUCUUCAGCAGUGUUAUUUUUCGCCUACGUUGGUUUUGAUGCUGUUUCAACAAUGGCUGAGGAAACUAAGAAUCCGGCCAAAGAUAUCCCCAUUGGCCUCGUUGGCUCUAUGGUGAUCACCACAGCCCUAUACUGCAUCUUAGCAGUAACUCUUUGCCUAAUGCAGCCAUUUGGUUCAAUUGAUGCUGAUGCUCCAUUUUCAAAGGCAUUUGAAGCUGUAGGGUGGGGAUGGGCUCAAUACGUUGUUGCUGCCGGAGCGUUGAAGGGCAUGACGUCGGUGUUGCUAGUUGGGGCAGUGGGCCAGGCCCGAUACCUAACCCACAUAGCUCGAACUCAUAUGUUACCUCCAUGGUUUGCCAAAGUUCAUCCCAAGACAGGAACACCAAUAAAUGCGACAAUAGUCAUGCUUGCUGCUACUGCAGUCAUUGCCUUCUUCACAAAACUUGACAUUCUAGCCAAUCUCCUCUCAAUCUCCACACUAUUUAUCUUCAUGCUUGUGUCUGUUGCCCUUCUAGUUCGUCGUUACUAUGUUAGUGGUGAAACGACCAGAGAAAACCGGAACAAGCUUAUCGUUUUCCUUUUGCUUAUCAUUACAUCUUCAAUUGCCACUGCUGCUUACUGGGGUGCUAGUCCAAAUGGUUGGAUUGCAUUCUGCAUAACCGUGCCUAUAUGGCUAUUGGCUACAAUUGGGCUUUGGCUUUUCGUCCCUCAUGCUCGGGAUCCUAAGCUGUGGGGAGUUCCACUGGUACCUUGGUUACCAUCAGCAUCCAUUGCCAUUAACAUCUUUCUUCUUGGAUCAAUAGACAAGGAUUCAUUCAUAAGAUUCUCAGUCUGGACUGCAGUCCUCUUGUUGUACUAUUUCUUCUUUGGACUGCAUGCAUCUUAUGAUACAGCCAAGGAAUUCGAUGAGAAAGCAACACAAGAUGGCACAUGGAGGAAGAUUGAGGAGGGAAAUGUGCCAUCGGUAACAAAAUCUGGCACUGAUGCUGAAGAUAGUAGAAUUGAUCCUGCAGAACCUACUGCCUAA